UAAAUACUAGUACUACUUAAAUUCAAUGUCCUUUUCUUUUCUCUUCCAAAAUAUCUAAUAUAUCUUUCUCUUCUGGGCAUUUCUCUCCUCCUCUCAAGUCACCAACACCACACUUUCUCCUAAAACAAAUAUCAUGACUGGAAGAGAAAUCCUCCACAAGAUAAAGGUGAAGGCCUUUGGUUCAUCUGACACAGGAAAAGGCAAAAGCAAAGUGUUGAAUCACAUCACACAUGGCUUUCACAUGGUAAAGGGAAAAUCAAAUCAUGCUAUGGAAGAUUAUGUGGUUUCUGAAUUCAAGCAAGCCAAUAAUAACAAAGAGUUGGGCUUAUUUGCAAUAUUUGAUGGCCAUUCAGGCCAUGAUGUUGCAAACUACUUGCAAAGAAACCUGUUUGAAAAUAUUUUAAAACAGGAUGACUUCUGGACUGAAACAGAGACUGCUUUAAGGAGAGCUUAUCGUAUGACCGAUGAUGAGAUAUUGGAGAAAGCAUUAGUAUUGGGGAGAGGAGGUUCAACAGCAGUAACUGGGAUACUGAUCAAUGGUGAAAAGCUUGUCAUUGCAAAUGUAGGAGACUCUAGGGCUGUUAUAUGUAAGAAUGGUGUAGCCAAACAACUAUCAAUUGAUCAUGAGCCAAGCAAGGAGAAAAGGCUGAUUGAGAGCCGUGGUGGUUUUGUAACCAACCUUCCAGGUGAUGUCCCCCGUGUUGACGGACAGCUUGCUGUAGCAAGGGCAUUUGGUGAUAGGAGCUUAAAGAUACACCUUAGUUCGGAGCCUGAUGUAUCAGUUGAGGAGAUAACUGAUGAUACGGAGUCCAUUAUUUUUGCAAGUGAUGGGAUAUGGAAGGUGAUGUCAAACCAAGAUGCUGUGGAUUCAAUUAAAACCAUUAAGGAUGCUCAGUUGGCAGCUAAGCAUUUGAUCGAGGUGGCUCUUUCUAAGAAGAGUAAGGAUGACAUAUCCUGCAUAGUUGUUAAGUUUCAAUGAUAUAUUCUUUGUGUAAGCCGAGUUAUGGUUUAAAUGGAGGACCAAAAAUGGGUUGUAUGUGUGUAUAUGAGACACAAAAUUUAUAUUGUGAACUGUAAAGAUUAUUGGAGACUUGGAGUCUUCUAUAACAUUGAUGUAGGAUCAAGAAUCAUAUCCAUUACUUUUCUUUUCCCUUAAAAGUUAAAACCACUUUUUAAGGAAUGACAACAUUAUGGAUGUGAAGAAUAAUUUGGAUUGAAAGAAUUUGAAGGUCA